AGGCUGGGAGCUCUGAGGCCCAGGACACCCCAAUAUCAAGAGGAGGGAAUAGUAAAGGCUGGGAGCACUGAGGCCCAGGACACCCCAAUAUCAAGUGGAGGGAAUAGUAAAGGCUGGGUGUACUGAGGCCCAGGACACCCCAAUAUUAAGAGGAAGGAAUAGUAAAGGCUGGGUGUACUGAGGCCCAGGACACCCCACUGUCAAGAGGACCCUCCUAGAGGGUACCAGUUUCGCAAGUCUGGCAGUGGGUUCCUCUUCUGUCAUGGAAAAUGACACUUUCAUUUCUUUCCUAGAGGGAAAACGGAAGAGCCAUAGGACAGAUGCUCUGACAACGCAUUCCUGAACUGUAGAAGAGCCCGCCCAGGCCUUGCCACAGCCCAGUCCCUUCCCUGCAGAGAGAGCACACAGCUGCAGAGACUUACCCCAGCAGUAAGGAUCUCAUCCAUGGAGAGGACCCUCACCGUCCUGCAAGUGAGCCUGUACCACUCCACGCCAGGCCAAGGUGCUUUUGCCAAAGUCCCACUACAGCUGCUGCAUGAUACCAGUCGGUUGUUGGUGGGACGAGGGAAGGACACCCACAUCCAGCUGCAGCUGCCCCAGCUGUCCCGACACCAUUUGUCCUUGGAGCCCUACCUGGAGAAAGGCAGCACUCUGCUAGCCUUCUGCCUCAAGGUACUGUCCCGCAAGAGCUGUGUGUGGGUCAACGGGCUGCCACUGAGGUACCUGGAGCAGGUCCCCCUCAGCACAGUCAACAGAAUCUCCUUCUCCGGCAUCCAGAUGGUAGUCCGCAGAGAGGGGGGCAACUCCCUUGAGGCCUUUGUCUGCUACUUCCGGUUCAGCUCCUCACCCCUGAUUUACAGACCCCAGGCCCAGGAGACUGACGAAUGGGAAAACGUUGUGAAGAAAGAGACUCCUCCUGUUUGUGGGGAGGCAACUCAUGGUCUCUUGGGGUCUCCCCAUGGCUCUUCCUGGACUCAGACAGCGGUUUCCAGCCAAGCCCCGGAGGAAGAACAGAAAUAAAACUCCAGAGGGAGCCCCCAGACACUGCACCCUGCCUGUCCUGCUAGCUGAGAGCAAGCCUUGCUAAAACAGGGUUUGAAAUAUUUGAGCUAUAGCAUGCGAGGUUGAUGCACAAAGUUGACAUACAAGGCCUGAUGGUCGCCCCACUCAUAGAGAACUGAUUCUGUAAACUUUGAGCAGCCCAUGGGUGGAGAAGUACCCUUCACGGCUCUGGGUAAUGGGAACUUCAUAUACUUUUAGAGGCCCUGAGGGAUUCUGGGAGUCUCCCCUACCCCCCACCCCACCCCACACACACCAUUUCCUCCCUUGUCUGGCUAGGAGUUACUUUAUGUUGCUCAUUUUACAUGCUGCUGAAGAACAGAAGCAUAGGGUCACAACAGGAAUGCAAGGACACGUGGAGAGAUGACAUUUGGGGUAGCUCGGGGUUGCCUUCAGCUUUCAAAUACCCACAGGCACUCGGGGCUUAGGAAAGCCUGUGUUUAAUAAACUGAAAGUAUUUCAUUAAGCUGGCAUACUCAGUAGGAUUCCCUGAUGGGCCACAUGUAUGCCAUGUUGUAGUGUGGAGCUGGGAGGGGGGGACCUGGAAGAGGUGUGAGAGGAAAUUGGGAAGGUAGGUAGGAGUUUCUGGGAAGGCUGUAAGCAGAGCUCAGAGCUUCCAGGAGGGGAGCUAGAAGCCACAGGACUGUUUGACUAUUUCUUCCCCUCGUCCUCCUCGUCCUCCUCCUCCUCCUCUGUCACGUAUGAAGACGGUGCUCUUCUUAACUGUGAUUUAUUCAGGACCUUAGAAUAAUCUUCUCACCCUUUUGUUAUCUCUCGUAACCUCUCGCAACCUCUCGCCCCGGGGAAAAGCCAGUCUACAGCUUAAAUAACCUCUGGGUAGCCAACCCCAGCAAGCCACGUGGGAAACGCAGAUAGGUCCAGAAACGCAGAAGCAAGCUAGAUCUUAGCAUUAGUCAUAUAUGGAAUUGUUACACAUCUGAGAGCAUUCACCGUUGGAAAGGUGGAAGGUGGGAAUCAGCGCUACCUGUAAGGCAUGACAUCACGCAGCUCUCUAUACUCCUCCUCCUUCUCCUCCUCCUCCUCUUCUUCUUCUUCCUUCUCUUCUCCCAUUCUCUGUCAUUUUUGGACCAAGGCCUUUGCUCACCAGAGGGCAAAGAUCUUCAGGGAAAGACGGUUUCCUGGAGAAGUAGGCUCUUUCAGAACUAAUUCCAUGAUUGGAAGGCAAGGCUGUGUCUGAAGUCCACCAAGUUAUCCACUUAGAGUAAACCAGACGCCUGCUGGGCUUAUCUUCCCUGUGGGGUUAGGGGUGGGGUAGUUCAGGAGCCCAGCAGGCAAGGGUUGGAGAAUUUUCUCAGUGAGAAGGGAGCAGAGGGCUAGCAGCUGCUUGUCACUUAGAAACACAUUGACUUUUGGGAGGGCAGGAGAGUCCUUCAGACUCGGGUAACCGCCAUAAGCCCACACUUUGCCAGAGAGCACCCAAAACACUGAAGGCACAGUGCUCCCCACAACCAGACUCACAGCCCCAGCAUCUGUGACACCUCUGUCACGCCCCAUUCAUUCCCUACAUCUCUGUGCCCAAGGCAGACACAGGAAGGCUCAUCGCUGCUCUCUGGCCCCCAGCUUCUUCCCCAUAGGGAAAAUACCACGAGACAAGACCUACUCGCAUCAAGGCUUGGGAAGUUCCUUCUCCAACAAAUUAUGAAUUGAGUACCCUCAGACCACAGACAUAAGAUGGAGGAGAGCAUGGUCUACCUGGGAGGAUGCUGGCUAGGCUGUGAAUGGCCCCCAAGACUCCCAAAGCAGUUCCUUCCCUCAUUUUGAUGAACUUGCGCCAAACACCCACCUCAUACCAAACAUGUUUCAAGUCUCAGGAUCCAGGAAUAAACAAAGCCAAAUAAAAUCUGCCUUCCUGCAGCUUGCUCUUCCUCGGGAGAGAUAAGCAAUGGGAACAAAUGACUUAAUUAUUUUAUCUCAGUUCAUAGAUACCACACUGAAAAGUGGCUAAAGGAGGACAGGCCAGGCACAGGGAGGGGAAAUGCCAGGAAACAUCUGGCUCAUUUCACAAAGUCUCCUCGGAAAUGUUCCUUCCUCCUCCUCUUUCUCGUUUUCUUACUCUUUUUUCUCUUGAGUUUUAUUAUUUUUGUAGACGAAGUCUCACUGUGAGUCUCAGAGUAGCCUUGAGCUCGCUACCCCGCAUCUGUCUCCCGAGGCAUCAGCCACAAGCGUACACCUGGCUUGUGCUAAGUGUUCAAGACAGCAAACUCUGUUAGACCUCCCUCCUCUGGCAAAACACAAACUCAAACCAUCAGAUUCAGGCCCCCAUUCCCCCCACCACUUGAGAUUUCAAGGUUGACUUCAAGACCCUGGUCUGUGGAUUUGACAACACUGCCACUUCUCUUGCCUACACAGGCUCCUUCUAACCAUCUCUUAUGAAUGCUCUAAACCUCCCCGCUUCCAGCAGGGCAACCUGUGUGGCCACGGGUGUAAGCACAUGGAGGCAUAUGAACAUGCAGACAUGCAAACACCUAUAUGCACAAAACACAGGUCGUUUCGAGCUCUCUGGGCGAUUCACGCUGCUCACUUGGACCUGUGACUCCUACAAAAGAGUCACCGUAGAAGGAAAAUGGGGCACUGGCUGUACAGUUGUCUGUGGCACACAGUAAGCGUUCAGGAGGGUCGGUUCGCAAUGGCCAGUGCAAUGGAACAAACUAAGCGUGUGUGGUCCUGUGGGCUCAGUUGUGUGUACACAUAUGCUGCAAAUGCACCUGCCAUAUGUAGAGGAUCGCUUAUGAUCAGAUGGAUGUCAGAUCACUGCAGUCCCACAGAUGACGUCUGGAAAUUCCAAGGUCAUUCCCUGCCCUGCCUGUUGAAGCUGUUUAAUCCUCACGGGUACUGCUAAUGCACAUCUUUCCCAAGCCGACACUAUCUGCUCAGGACUGUGGGAUGUUGCUCUCCCAGGGGCUGGGAUGGGGCUGGACAGAGGAUGUGAGGCCAACAGCGAUAAAGGUCCGAGGUAAACCUGCAGACACCAGCACUCAGAGGCCCACAGUGGAAGAAGCUAAGCAGCCAGCGAGGUCAAGAAGACCAGAGAGCCUGGGAGGAUGAGACAGAGUUGUCAGUCCUUUCCCUGCCUCAAACAGAACACGGCAGUGUUUCCUUUCUCUUCCUCCUUAAGCCUUUGGACCUCAACUCAACUGGAAUCUGAGCUUUGGGAUUUUGUAUGGUGACUGGUGGCUGUCGUGGUGAAGAAGAGACGGUGUCCUGUCGCCAGCACUGGUGGCUGUCAUGGCAAAGGAGAGAUGAUGCCCUCUUGCCAGCACUUCUAGUCUCUGAUAGAGGUGCAAGAGGGCAGGCUCCUCCAGAAGACCCUGAGAACAGCUCUGAGCAAUGCCAGUCAUGGAUCAGCUGACUAGACUGAGUCCAGGCCAGUCACCUACCAAAUCUCCUCUCUCUGCUUCCUGUCCCAGGCACACACCAGCAAUACCCACCUUGCUAUGCCAGCCUGUCAUCUACACACACCAGUCCUGCUUGAAGUCAUAGUGUACCAAGAGGCCACCCUGUUAGAGGUCUGGACAGGACAGUUCUUAACCUGAAAGAAUACUUGUUGGUAGACGAAGGAGCAGCAGUCAGUUCUGCCAAUGGGACACUGAGGGAGCACCAGCGGGGCACCGAGGGAGCAUCAGUGGGUCACCAAGGGAGCACCAGCAGGACACCCAGGGAGCACCAACGGGCCACUGAGGAAGCAUCAGCAGGGCACUGAGAGAACAUCAGUGGGGCACCAAGCGAGCCCUAGCAGGGCACCAAGCAAGUAUCAGCAGGGCACUGAGGGAGCACCAGCGGGACACCAAGGGAGCAUCAGCAGGGCACUGAGGGAGCACCAGCGGGACACCAAGGGAACAGCAGUAAGACAUCAAGGGAACAGUUGCUCCAUAAAUGUGGAAAGGAAGCUUUAGUUGAGGGGUCUGGUUUCAGGCCUCCCAGUGACUGACUGACCAGUAGAGCUGAGGACCUGGACAGAGAAUCAUUUCUACAAUGACCCACCGCACCACCAGGCCGCCAUCAACCACGAGAUGUCAGAAACAAGCAAGCUUCACUGAGUGUGGCCGGUUCCUCACUACCUCUGCUGCCCAGAAACCAGCGCGAGCUGGGACACCUGCCUCCUACUCCAUCCAUUGGCCUCUGGGUCACAGUCAGCUGCCCCAGCCCUUCCAUCUAGCCAAGAUCUGGGGGAGGGGCUAAACCAAUGAUUUCAAUGAACUUGGUUUACGUUGCGGGACUCUGAUUCCUCUUACCUUUAACGUGAACUCACAGGUGGAUUAAAGUGAAAUAAAACCUACCAUUUGAGCUACA